AUGGAGCUUACAGCAGAAGGAAAAACUCCAGAGUACAUGGCAUUAGCCGGAAUCAAAUUCAAGUUAACAAUACCCCAAUUCAAGAAUGACUCUGCAUUAAAAGAUCAACUGCUGCAGGGGAUUAAAGCUGGUAAUAUGGCUCCAUACUACAAGGAGGUUUGUACUGAUCUAGGGUGGGCAUUUGAUCAGAAGUUAUAUGAUGCUAUGGCUAAAGAAAAUGAGGAGAGACUUGCUAAAUUUCAAGAAGAUGACUCAGAAACCCCUGUGUGGCAAGAUAGAUUGGAUUACCUGUGUUCCAUUGGAGACAAAGAAGCUGCCACGACUUUGGCCACAACAAAGUAUGAAGAUUCUACGUUAACUACUAACAGAAGAUUGGAUGCAAUAUUUGCUUUGUUCCGAAUUGCAUACUUUCAUGGUUGUAAUGUGAAAGAUAUGGGAAAAGCGAUUAAUAAGGCUCAUGAAUUGGUAGAUAAAGGUGGAGAUUGGCGUUCCAGGAAUAAGCUAAAGGCAUAUGAGGCUAUCUAUUGUUUAGCUGUUAGAGACUACAGCCGUGCAGCUGAUUUGUUCAUUGACUGUGUCUCUACAUUUGAAUCAUAUGAAUUAGUUGAUUUCGGCACAAUAAUUCAGUACUGCGUAUUGGCAUGUGCAUUGGCCCUCGAACGGCAUGCAUUACAAGCUGCAUUGAGGAGGCAAGGGGCUGCUGUUCAGGCAUUACGCUCACAGUUUCCUGAGUUGAGAGAACUGGUAGAGUCCUUACAUGAGUGCAGAUAUGCGGACUUUAUGAAAAGUCUUGCAUGGGUGGAAACCCAGAUUUGUGUGGACCCUGUUUUCCGUCCUCAUUACCAGCAUUAUGUGCGCGAGGCUCGUAUUAAGGCUUACGUGCAGCUGCUUCGAGCUUACCGCUCGUUGAGUCUCGACAAUAUUGCAGAUACCUUUGGAGUCACCAGAGAAUUUAUUGAAGAAGAAAUUUCAACUUUCACGGCUGCGGGUCGCCUCCAAUGUCGUAUUGAUGCGGUAGCUGGCUGCGUAGUGACUGGUGCCGGACGCGGCGCGGACGCAGACCGUUCGCAACUAUACCAGGCGACUAUCCGAGAAGGCGAUCUUCUAUUGAAUCGCGUUAAGAAACUCGCUAGCGUUAUUAAUUUCUAG